UUUCACUAGCAAGUAGGAGUACGACAGACUGCUAACAACAAAGUGAAAUCUGCUGUGAAUAAACCCAGGAAAAAAUGGGAAAAGGAGAAAAAAAAGACCCCAAAGAUAUACAAAGAAAAGAAAAAGCCAAGAUGCAACUCAAAAGAAAUAUAGGUUAUUUUGAAGGGGUAAGUUUUAUUAUAGGAUCAAUCGUUGGAGCAGGGAUCUUCGUGUCUCCUACAGGGGUGUUGAAACAUUCCUUACUCAAUAUUGGCGUUGCACUGACCAUCUGGAUGGCGUCUGGGCUGGUUUCUCUGAUGGGUGCCCUCUGCUAUGCAGAGCUGGGAACCGCUCUGCCCUUCUGUGGAGGAGAAUACAGCCAUAUUAAAAGAGGCCUUGGAUCCCUACCUGCCUUCGUCUUUAUCUGGACAUCAACGUUUGCCAAGCCGGCGUCAAAUGCUGCUCGAGCCUUGCUGUUUGCUGAAUAUGCCACGCAGCCUUUCUAUGGCGUUUGCCCUGCGCCAGACGUGCUGAAGAAGUGCUUGGCCUUGGCCGUUCUCUGGUCCCUGGGGAUCUUGAAUGGCCUCAGCGUCAAAAUGUCUGCGUGGGUGCAGGCAGUUUUCACUCUGCUGAAGAUGAUGGCCUUGUCUGUGAUUGCUGUUGGUGGCAUAGUCCUCAUUGCCAGGCAAAAGGAGAGUCUGGCCAGGUUUGAGGACAUGUUUGGCUCAGAGAUCCCCAACGCCUCCCAGGUUGCCGAAGCCUUCUUCCAAGGGCUGUACGCAUAUGGCGGCUGGUGGUCCCUCAAUUAUAUGGCAGAGGAGAUGAAAAGCCCCAGCAGAAAUAUCCCCUUAACUGUGAUGACUGCUGUUCCUGCAGUAAUUGUUUUUUAUUUACUAGUGAACAUCUCAUAUCUGACUGUGCUCACACCUAAGGAAAUUGUCUCCUCAGUUGCUGUGGCAGUCACUUGGGCUGAUCGAGUGAUCCCCUCUGUUGCCUGGAUCAUUCCUCUCUCUGUUGCUGUCUCAAUAUUUGGCGCCCUCAACAGCAGCAUGUUCGCACUUGGUCGAUUAAGCUAUGCUGGAAGUCAGUCAGGACAUUUACCUCUUUUAAUAUCCAUGCUUAAUGUCCAUUCCUGUACUCCAGCACCAGCCAUGAUUUUUUCAACCAUCAUUGCAUCCAUUUUUAUCAUCCCCUCUGACCUUAUGAUGUUAACAAAUUACUUUGGAUUUUCUGGCUGGCUUAUGAUUGGAUUGACUUGCGCAAGCCUGAUUGUACUUCGAUACCGGGAACCUCAUCUACACCGACCAUACAAAGUGUUUUUACCCGUUCCAUUUAUGAUGGUGGCGAUGUCUUUCUUCCUAGUUCUAGCUCCCAUAAUCUGGUCUCCAAACCUGCAAUAUUUUUAUGCUUUCCUGUUCAUGCUUGGAAGUCUUAUUAUAUAUCUGCCUUUUAUACAUUUUAAAUUACGUUUUGCAUUUCUUGAUAAAAUUACUUGCCACUUACAGCUCCUGUUAGAAGUCUGUCCUGCUGAUGCAUCUGAUGAGGGCAAAUGUGAAUAAUGGCAGAUAUUUAAUCUCAGUACAACUAAGAGCCAAGAGAGGAUUUUGUUUAACUGACACUGUAAAUAGUACAAUUUAGAUGCUGGUGUGAUAUAUAGGUGUGCAUGCAUGCAUAUACAUAUGUAGAUGUAUACACAUAUAUUGCUAACAUGCACAUGCAUGUAUGUACACAUGCACAGAAUCACAGAAUGAACUAGGUUGGAAAAGACCUUUGAGAUCAUGAAGUCCAACCUCUGACCUAAUACCUCCUCAUCAACUAAAUCGUGGCGUUAGCAUAAAAAGUUAAUAUGUAUAUAUGUUUGUUUUUGUUUGUAUAAACACAUACGUGUAUAUAUAUACUAAAGUAAUAGGUGCAAAGGAUCUCUCUUAAACUUGCAAAAUCUGUAAAAUACUCUCUUGCUGCUGAAAACAGUUAAAAGUUGUGUAAAGUCUUGCAAUAAUAGAAAUGACUCAAUCACAGCACAAAUAAUAAUCAAUAUUAUCAUACAAUAAGUAAAUAAAUACAUAAUAGCAUCGUUAUAAAAAUACACUUUCACACUUUGAACUAAAUUGUCUGGAUUAUUCUUAGUUUGCAGUAGCUCAUUGAUUAGAACUUCCAUUUUUAAAGACUUUAUAUUUCUUUUCAUCUGCUACUUUUUUUGGCAUUAAUUUAUUUUUAAUGAAAACCUUUGACGAAUAUCAUAAAGUUGACUGAGAUCUUUUUAAAUCCCAAGAAAACUGGACAUGGUGCAUCUUAGCUAUUUUAUAAUAACACAUACAAAUUCAAGGUGAAAUCUUACAAUGCAUCAAGGAAGACAAUAAGAAUUAUUUAUCCUUUUCAUCACAGAAAUAAAAGCUAAAGAUACUUAGAUUCCUUUACUAAAUCAUUUACAUCUUACAAUUAAUAUUACUUUAUUCCUUGCUUUCAUUUUGGUGUUAUUGAGAAGUAAGAGCUUUUUUAAACCUCUUCCACUCCAUUUUUUAUUUUAUUUAUGCAAGCAAGAUAAAUUGAUUCUUUUUUCUUCUGAUAAUUGGGCAAUAAAAAGUACAUUAAAAAUCAUGUAUGUAGGUGAUUAUUAAUAUAUGAUGCUAUUUUUAAUUAAAAUAGAACUACAAAUAUAAAGUGAUUUACCAAAUCUGGCAAUGAAAGAUGAGCAUCACAACCAGUAGAUGGCCCCAGCCGAACAGCACUCUUACACCGUGAUCUCUGGAUUGAUGGAUGUUGUAUUGGUGAAAGUGUCUUACAGGGCAUUGUAUUACAACACAGUAGAAUGAAAAAAAUCCUGCUACAAUACUCGAUUCACUGAUGUAUAAAAAGUUUAGAGAUAGGAAUGGUAAAUAAUGAAUUCUUCAUAGCUACCCAAAGUCUAGGGUGGCCAUCAAUAAAACCAGGAAUCAACCUAAGGUUUAUGAGGAUUUGACUUUGCACUGGAAUGAGCCCCCAAAUGAAAACAAAUACAUGAAGCAAGUGGCUUUACUCAAAGUGAUAAUGCACACAAAAUGAAAAUUUGAAGAAAAAAUUAUACCUUUUAAAAUGCUGUAUGAAGAAAAGAUCAUAAAAGUGAGGACUGCAUGUAUACAGCUGAGCUGGAGACGAUCCUGCAGAACGCAAGGAAGGAAUCAAUGUUUAAUUUCACUUAAUAGUCCUAUUGGAAAAACAUUUCUCUUGCUGUUUAAAUUCCAAAAAUCAUGAGACUCAUCAACAUUGUAGAGGAGUUAUAUUUUAAGGAGUGAAUUGUAAAAGGAAGAAAUGAUUUUGCUAUGACCAUCCAUUGCUGAUUUGUAAAUGCAGGCGUGGCAGUGCCACAGAUUUUCAACUGAACUUUCAAGCAAUUUAUUUAAAUCUGUAUUUUAAUAUGUAAAAGAAAAGUAGAAGUUAUAAGGAAAAAAAAAGUAACAAUGAUACUGUGUUGUAGACCACAUGAUUAGGAAAUGCAAGCAUCCGGAGGUUGCUCAAUUGGGUAUGUUAUUUCCAUGUAAUUUCUUGUCAGUGUGUCAACUAUCUAUUUAAUUCCAUAAUUAGUACCUACUGAUUACAUAUGUCAGGAUAUGUUUGAGUAAUUGGAGCAUGUAUUUGCUAAUGAUACAAACUUCAAAUAUAGAGGUUUAGUAGUUCCAAACAAUCAGGGACCUCAGAAGUCCCCAUGAAAUAUAAUGUGAAAUAAAUUGCAUUUAUGUUUCUUUCUGGAAUGUGAAGUAGAUAGUUUUUAUUUUAAUAAAAAUCUAGGAGAUGGCACAUAAUCUUAUGACAAGAUUUAGAAUAGGUCAGAAUAAAAAAAUAUCCAUGCAAUCUUAAGCCCCUCUGCAAAGAUGCCUUUCAAAGGCCUUGUAUGAUCAGAUAAUAAACUGCUCUUUCUAUAUACUCUUACCUCAUCUUUUUGCAAUAAAUGGAUGGUAUCAAAUAUUUCACUAUCAUUUUAUCCCCAUUUCAACAUGUGAC